AUGCACAGUCGCAAAGAGCUCACCAUCCUCGGCAGCCCUAGCUCGGGCCAGAGCAGUCCUGCCUCGCUACACUCUCGUUCACCGCUCGUGUCACCCACUCGUGCAUCCUUUACGACGCUUGGCAGUGCUGCUGCGCCUACUGCAGCAGUCACAAGUCCCUCUCCUCUCUCACCAACGAUGGCAACUCAGAUCGAUCAGCCGCCCGGGCGUUCCUCGCCCACUGUCGCAUCUGCAGCUAUGCCCUCGCAGUCUGCGUCAGCCUCAGAUUCGAGCUUGCACCUGCCUCAUCAUCCUCCUGAACUGCCGGGUGCUUCCUCGCGCCUGGCGGACGUCUACGGCAGUCCACAUGACUCGCCUCGCUAUAGUCACAGCGUCGGCCAAUUGCCCCUGCCGUCAGGUCUAUCGCCCCAUAAUUCCUACACUGGCUCACAUCCCUCGCUGCACAAUGUUGGGGGCAUGAUGGGCAAGACUGCUUCCCCUUUGCUUGCACAGGCCAUAUUACAUCGCAGCCAGGAAUCCCAAUCGCCCAUGCCCGCGCAUCGCACGCACAGUGAGGACACUCGGACGCAGCUUUUUGUCGGCAACUUGCCUUUCCGAGUCCGAUGGCAGGAUCUCAAAGAUCUCUUCAGAAAAUGUGGCACUGUCUUGAGAGCGGAUGUCGCGCUGACUGUAGACAACCGAUCCAAAGGGUUCGGAAGUGUCCUCUUCGCCAAUGAAGCGGAUGCGUUGAUGGCGAUCGACGUCUUCAAUGGCUUCAACUGGCAGAUGCGCGUUCUGGAUGAUCCUACGGGCGCCUUGAUGCUCGCUGCAGCAGCCGCGCAGCCGCAUACCGGGCAAGCGCUUGGGCCGCAGCCGACGCCUCUCGUCUGGCCAUCUGGUCAGCCAGGCAGCGUCUCUCGUCAGCCCAGCCAAUCUUUCCUACGGCCGAACGGCGUCAUGCCAAAUCAGAUGGGCAUGGCGAUGCCAGUCAAUAAUGGCUAUGGCCAACCGAUGAUGUUGCAGCAUGAUGGAACGCACAUGCCAUUAGCUAUGAUGCAUCAUCCUCAUCAUCCUUACAAUCUGCAAGCCCAUUCUUCACCUUAUUUGCCUGAUAGAUCAGCAUCGCCUGCCAACUAUGGACAGAGGCAUCUCUUCGUCGGCAAUCUCCCCUUCAACUGUCAAUGGCAAGACCUCAAGGAUCUCUUCCGUGCUGCAGGCAACAUCCUCCGCGCCGAUGUCCAGCUAGGUCCUGAUGGCCGUUCCAGAGGCUUCGGAUCGGUGCUCUUUGCAUAUCCGGAAGAAGCGCAAAAUGCGAUGCACAUGUUCAAUGGCUACGAAUUUAACGGGCGACAGCUCAAGGUCCACUUCGAUCGAUUCGUGCACAACGCCAACAGUCCAGCGCCAGGAUAUGGCGCAGUGCCAAACUAUAUGCAGCAUCCGCUUGCAGGCUAUCCAAUGCAGAGGCCCCAGCACUACUCUCAGCCGAUGCAGAAUUAUCUCAACAAUGAAGACGACAUGAUCUACACGCCUGGCGACAUGGAAGAAGCUUCGCAUAAUCUCAUUCCCUUGCAUUUGCUCUCGCCCGAUCCCGAGAUGGGUCCACAGAACGGCAUGAUGUCGAUGAGUGCUGGCUAUUUCCCAGACGCUUCGCCACAACCGCAAGGUGUCGCAGCACAUCCCCAGACAUCCCGUCGCAACGACGAGACGCAGUCGCAUGCUGCGAAUGACGAGACGACGCAAGGCGACAGUGCGUCGCCUGCCGACACUCAGAGCGAAGCAGUGCAAUCGCCCGCUCUGGCAGCAGGAUCUAAUGACUCGGCCACUUCGGCUGUGCCAAGUCCAGGCAGCGCCAGUCAAGAGCCACAUCACAGAAAACCUCCGCCAUCGCUGCGCCCGCUCGAACUGCCUCCCCAAGGGAUAGCAAUGCCGAUGGGCUUCGGUCCCAUGUCGCCCCAUUUCAUGACGCCCUCCAUGCCCAGCUUCAGCUUCCAUCCUUUCUCGCCAACACCGCCGCUCAUGCCUCAGUAUCUCUCGCCUGGCAUAGGUCCUUACUCUCCAGCCAUGACUUACUUUCAGCACCCUGGCGCCGAUGGCUACGUUGCACUGACGCCAGGCGCGCCUUUGCAUCACAGCAGACCCGAUGGACUUCCGCCCUCGCAACAAUAUCAGCAGAGCGUGCCCGUUCUACAGGAAGACUCGCGCGAGAUUGGCAGUAAUGAUGGCCACGGCAGUGGGUCGAGACUACAACUGCCAAGUAGCGAUCCCGAAGCGAGUUACUUUCCUACAGCACCCAUGAGUAAUCUACUUUCCCGUCGAGCGUCCUCUCAAUCGGCAAGGCGCAAGGAAGAAACCCUGGUCCCGGCGGCAGCGACUACUAGAAGCGCAUCACAGUCUUUACACGCAAAGGAUGCCAGCGAUGAUCUGAGUCAAGAUCUUGGGAAUCUUGUAAUUGCUCAGGACGAGCCUAUCACGCCGCCUGCCAUAGCAGCGAAUGACGGCGAAGUGGUCAAUUCGGCAACCAAGCGCUCCUUCUUUGGUCUGCCGUCCUUGCCACGGCGGAACAAUGGCGCCGAAUCGCCGAGAGUAGAGGUCGAGCGGCGCGGAAGUAUUGGCAGUUCAGCAUUGCCAGAAGGGCGAUCGCCAACAGCGAGCCGAACCAAAAAGAUGUUCAAGUCUAUAUGGCCUGCCAAUCAGCCGACAUCGACGGAAUGA